CGGGUCGUUUGGCGGGAGCGAUGGCGGCCGCGGCCGGCGGCGACUCGGACGGCGAUAGCGAGGAGCUGGUGCUCACCCCAGCGCAGCUGAUCCACAGCCUAGAGCAGGCCUGGCUGAAUGAGAAAUUUGCUCCGGAACUGCUAGAGAGUAAACCUGAAGUCAUCGAGUGUGUAGUGGAGCAGCUGGACCAUAUGGAAGCAAACCUGAAACGGGCAAAGAGAGGAGACCUGAGGGUCAGUGUUCACCACAUGGAGAUCGAAAGGAUCCGCUAUGUGCUCAGCAGCUACUUGCGGUGUCGGUUGGUGAAGAUAGAGAAGUUUUUUCCCCACAUCCUGGAGAAGGAGAAGUCUCGAGCUGAAGGGGAGCCCUCCAUUUUAUCACCAGAGGAGUUUGCUUUUGCUAAAGAGUAUAUGGCAAACACAGAGGCUUACCUGAAAAAUGUGGCCCUAAAACACAUGCCACCUAACCUGCAGAAAGUGUCUCUCCUAAAGUCAGUUCCAAAGCCCAACCUGGACUCCUUUGUGUUUCUGAGGGUGCUGGAGCGGCAGGAGAACAUCCUGGUGGAGCCAGAGACAGAUGAGCAGAGGGAAUAUGCCAUCAACCUGGAGGAGGGAUCACAGCACCUGAUGCGCUACAGAACCGUGGCCCCUCUGGUGGCCUCAGGAGCCGUGCAGCUCAUCUGAGGGGAGAGAGUGCCUUUGGUGUAGCUCAUCUCUGGAGCUCGGCAGCUGGCGCAUGGCCGUGUCUUCACAGGCUAGGAGAGUGGAGAUGGCUAGUAGGCUGAGAUCAGGUAGGCUCCAAGUGACAGUCAGUUGUGGCACACCUGAAAAUGCUACCUGCUUUUGUGUCCUUCCGUGACUGAAUACCGGGACAUCUGUGGAACUGCUAACACUGCACCUGUUCUGUCUGUGCUGGGGGAAGAGGU